AGAGCCCAUUAUGAACACAAACGAGCCGAAGCAUCACGUGAAAAUGGGUGAUAUAUGGACUACAGUUCAAUGUAUGCAUAUAUAUAUUUGAAAUUGCUGUGCCACGGAGGUUUAAGACCUCAGGACCUCUGCCGUCAUGGAGCUGAACGAGAGGCCGAGCUGUUAUUCUGUCUACGUACUUGUUGUCCUUGUGUUGGUUUUUCUUUUUAACCAACUUGACAGGUAUAUUUUGGUCACUACAAAUGCCAGUAUGGCCCAAGAGCUGAAAUAUGGGGAUAGGGUCUGUAUUCCCUCCAAUGCCACUGCUAUACAGGCCAUCCUGGAUACACAAGGAGAGAACAUAACUCCAGAUGCAUACUGUGCUAAUACACCAGCUCUCUGCGAUCCUCAAGAAGGCCAUGCUAUUCUGUGUGGGUGGAAAUAUUUGGGCACGGGAAUAGAGUACCAAAUGUUGGCUGGUCCUGUCUUCAUCCUCUUCUUUACAUUUGCAGGGGUACCUCUAGGCAUUACAGCAGAAAUAACAAGAAUGAACAGGACACUGUUUUUGUCUGUGAUCUUGAUGUUGUGGAGCUUGAUGACAGUGUUAACUGGUUUAGCACAGGCCUACUGGCAUAUUGCAAUUUGUAGGAUUUUACUUGGAUUAUUUGAAGCAGGAUGCACACCCUUUGCUGUGAGCAUCUUAUCUGAGUAUUUUACAAAAGACUACAGAGGAGUUGCUUUGGGUAUAUAUAAUUUAGGAAUCUAUGCUGGUUAUGGAUUCUCUUUCCUGGCAAACAUAAUAGACAGAACCUCUGGCUGGCGGACUGUGUAUUAUAUAGCUGGAAGCCCUGGUAUAGCCAUUGCCCUAUUGCUUUAUUUGACAGUCAAAGAGCCACAAAGAAACAAAUUGUUUGACUAUGUCGAUGUAGAUAAAACAGGUCUUGAAAAAAAUUCAAUUGAUAACCAUGAGGGAACAGGAGAAAGAAAAACUGCAACCUGGAAGUUUUUGACUGCUAUGAAGUUUUUUGUCAACCCAGUGCUGAUGUGCCUGUGUAUUGGUGGUGCCAUCAGGCAGGGAGGCGGCUAUACAUGGGCUUACAACAUUAAGAAUUACUUUGACCAUUACUUUCCCAGUGUAAAGACUGAAGACUUUAUGACUUGGAUACCUACUGUGUUUGGGGCAGGGGGAGCUGUCGUUGGAGGUAUGAUAUCAGACAGACUGGCAAGCAAAUCGGGGAUCACAUCAAGAUUGAAAGUUUUAGUUCUUAGCCAGGUUGUUGCAGCCCCAUUUGCUGUACUCACCCUGUACGUUGACCCUCCAUUUGCCUUCAUAAUGCAGAUUCCUGCCUUCUUCAUUGGAGACAUGUGGAUUGGCGUUUGCCUGGCUGUGGUGAUAGAUCUCACCCCGCCACAAUUACGAACAUCAGCCGUCGCCAUUUACAUGUUCAUUAUAACUGCUAUUGGUGGCAAUCUGUUACUAUUAUUGCCUUCUCUAUCGACAGCAAUGAAUGAUAUGAGAGGUGCCUUAGUUGUUCUAUACCCAACUUUAUUUGGGGCAAGUGCAGUGGCAUUUUUAGUGACAAUCUUUGUCUUUUGGAACAUUCAGAGGAAAAAAAUGAAAGUGGUGCAGGAACGGACUCCACUAAUAUUAAACAUCGAAGAAGAUACAACAGUGUCAAAUGAGUCUCUUCAUAAUUUAGUUGAUACCAGUGAGGAGAAGUAUCUCAGUUUGGAAGCUUAUGGAUAUUAAAUAUUAUUUUUACUGGUGUUUGUAAAAUAAGGGAUCAUGUAUUACAUAUAGCGUUAAAAGCUGCAGACUUGCCACUAAUUUACACAUUGUAUAAAUACUCGAGCAUGUACAUUUUUAAAACUCCAUUACAUGUAGUGUCAGUUUGGUGGUAUUCAAAACCAUUCCAGCUCAUUAAUAAAAUAGUAAUGUUACUAUGUGAUAUAUUUCUAGUCAUAGAUAUUCUGCAUAACCUUUUAUGCUAAAAAGUUAAUUAAAAUUAAAUAUAAUGGUUUCAAUUGUUGCAUCAAUAAAUUAUGCACAUAUAGGCUUCUGUGAUACUGCCUAUGGUUAUUUAUGGUCUUUAUUUUUAAAUAAGUGAGAUUCUUUGCACUUUGGUGUCAGUGGUUUAACAUUUUUAUUUCAUCGUAAGAACGCACUCAAACUUGGUUACAUAUUUUUUCUAAGUAUGCAAAGUAUUGGACAUUUGCUUAAGAGUUCAGUUCAUUUUACUAAAUACUAAAAAGUCAUUUCAACAAAUAAAUUCUGAUAGGAGGGUGCUUUUUAUCUUGCAUUGAGUUACUGGUUUAAAUAAAGCAAGUUUUUUAUGAUAGCUUCUUUUCCUCAAUCAGGAAAGUGAUUAAAAGUUAUAACAAGCAGUUGAGAUUUUUACAAAGUUGAUAUUAUUGUAAAUUAGACUGACUAUGACAAUAUGAUGGUUAUUCCAAAUUUAGGAAAUAAUUUUAUUUAGCAGUCACCUGAACGAAUGGGUUUUACCUGAAUGGUUUAUAUAUAUGACAGUGAUCUCUCUGUCAGAAUUGCAGAUCAAACAGGUUUGGUGCAAUAUUGACAGUAUUGUUUUAUCAUGUAACAAAAUGUAUGUUAAGUAUAUAGAUAUGAUUAGCAUUCUGUAUUACGUGGAGCUGCUUAAUUAUGAAAAUAAAAUGACUGUAUGAACAAAUUUUCAUAUUUGUGGAGUUGUAUCAAAUACCC